AUGGCUGCUGUCUUCCUCCCCGGGAACCUCCAAGACGAGGCGACUUGUUCGGUCUGCCUGGAGUUCUUCAAAGACCCCGUGUCCAUAGAGUGCGGCCACAACUUUUGCCGAGCCUGCAUCACCAAGAGCUGGAGAGGCCUGGAGAUGGAUUUCCCCUGCCCUCAGUGCCGGGAGAUCUUCCAGCAGAAGAACUUCAGGCCCAACAGGCAGCUGGCCAACAUGUGCGAGAUCAUCAGCCAGUUUGCAGUACCUGGAGCGAAAGAGGCUCCGGAGGAGGGGCUCUGUGAGAAACACAGGGAAGCAUUCAAACUCUUCUGCAGGGAUGAUCAGAGGUCAAUCUGCGUGGUGUGUGACAGAUCCCGGGAGCACCGGCCUCACACUGUGGUGCCCAUAGAGGAGGCUGCCCAGGAGUACAAGGAACAAAUUAAGAGCCGUUUGGAUUUCCUGAAGAAAGAGAGACAAGAAUUGCUGGAAUUUAAAUCAAAGGAUGAUAAGAAAAGCCAAGAGCUACUGAAAACUAUAGAGUUGGAGCGGCAGAUGCUCAUCUCUGAAUUCGAGGGUCUGCGCCAGUUUCUGCAUGACCAGGAGCAUCUCCUCCUGAGCCAGCUGGAGAAGAUGGAGAAGGGCAUCGCCAAGAAGCAGAAUGAGAACCUCACCGAGCUCUCCAAGGAGAUUUCACUCCUCAACCAACUGAUAACAGACUUGAAAGAGAAAAUCCAACAGCCGGUGCUUGAGUUGCUCAAGGAUGUGACGAGCAUCUUGAACAGAAGCAAUGGUCUGAAGUUUCAGAAGCCGGUUCCUGUCUCUUCUGAUAUGAAAAGCUCUAUCAGCAAUUUCUCUCUCAAGACUGUUGUCCUCAAGGGAGUGUUAAAGAAAUUCAAAGAGACUCUGCAGGAUGAACUGGGAAAAGGUGAAAAAGAGGACCUGACUCUGGAUCCGGAUACAGCCAACCAGCUGCUCAUCCUAUCCACAGAUCUCAAGAGUGUGAGGAUGGGAUGCCGAAAACAGGAGCUGCCUGACAACCCCAAGCGAUUCGACACUAACUCCCGGGUGCUGGCUUUGGAAGGAUUCAAGUCGGGAAGGCAUUACUGGGAGGUGGAAGUGGGGGCCUCAGACGGCUGGGCUUUUGGGGUGGCCAGGGAGUCGGUGAGGAGGAAAGGUCUGACUCAGUUUUCCCCCGAGGAGGGGAUCUGGGCAGUGCAGCAAAACGGAGGGCGCUACUGGGCUGUCACCUCCCCUCAACGCACCCCGCUUUGCACUGGUGAGAGGCUCAGUAAGGUCCGAGUUUACCUAGACUAUGAAGGGGAAGAAGUGUCAUUCUACAACGCUGAGAACAUGCAGCACAUGUUUACCUUUAAUGUUGCCUUCAAUGAGAGGGUGUUCCCCCUCUUUUCCGUCUGCUCCACAAUCACCUACAUUAAACUGUGUCCCUGA